GAUGUCAUUUUGGCGCCUAAUAUUAUAAGUUAUUUGAUGAGUCUAUAGCGCGGGAGACAGUGCAUUUGUAUGUGCAUUUAGUACUAGUGUUAUACUUUCACGAGUUAUUAUAAUUUGGUAUAAGGUGAAGACACCGCUUAAAGACAAAAUGCAGCGGAGCAUCGCAUCAUUUUUUCAGCCCAAGAGCAAGGAUAAGGACAUUCAGAAGAAAACCUCAGAGGAACCAGUGAAGAAACCUGUCAAAAGCCCCCUGAAGGUGCAGAAUGGUGUUCAUGAAGCAGAUUCACCCAUCAAGAAGGUUGGCAAACGCAGCCGCCAAAUCCUGGACAGCGAUGAUGACGACGCGCCGGUUGUUAAAGAACAAGCUGCCACCAAAGAACAAGCAGACAAAGAAGCUCCUGGUAAAUCAGAGAAGAAGGAUGAUGUGUUUAAGGCAAUUCCCACCCCACUAUCUCCACCACCAGCCCCGGCCACACCUGUAACCCCUGCCACUCCAGCUACACCGGCCUCUUCAGCUUCACCAGGAACCCCCAGCACACCCAACUCCAUCUCCCCCACUGGGCUUGUCAAACGCAAGACUGCGAGGAAGAUGUUCCCCAAGAGGAAAUUGGAUGAGAGCAGGAGCAGCAGCGAGAGUCAGAAAGAAGAGGUAGAAGCCACCAAGGAGCCGGGUCAGCAAAACAAACGACCCCGUGUGGAGAGCAGUGCCAGCAGUGCAGGGAACACUGAUGAACCCAUGGAGGAGGGGGCCAUGGAAGAAAAGGCUGAAAAGCCAGUGACUGAGGCUAACGGCCCAGACGAGGAGGUGGAGAACAAGAAGAAAGGGGAAGGAGCAAAGGCCAAGGAGGAGGAGCAGGAGGAGAAAAAGAGCUCUGAUGAGACAGAAAAGAAAGCUGAGGGGGUGGAAAGGAAAAACGAAGCAAAGGAGGAUAUGGAUGAUGAGAAAGGACUCGCCGUCACUAAAGAGGAAGUGGAUGAAAAGGACACAGGAGAUGGAGGAGAGAGCCCAAAAAGUCAAAUGCUUAAAAAAAAGCAAAAAGAGGCAAAGGAGCUGAAAGAUAAGGAGCCAGCCAAGAAACUCCCCAUCAGCAGUUUCUUUGCUCCCAGAAAAUCUGCAGUUAAGACAGAGACAACAGAAAAGAGUGAAGGAGACAAAAAAACAACUCCAGAGAAGAAGACGUCAAAGGAGGAGCAUAAAGACACAAAGAGUGAGUCAACAUCAGGACAAACAAAUUAUGAUCCAUCCAGACCAAAUUACCAUCCUGUGGACCAUGCCUGCUGGAAGCAAGGCCAGAAAGUGCCGUACUUGGCAGUGGCUCGCACUUUUGAGAAAAUUGAAGAGGACUCUGGCAGGCUGCGAAACAUCGAGACGCUGUCGAACCUGUUUCGCUCCGUGCUGCUGCUCUCUCCAGAUGACCUGCUGUGCUGCGUGUACCUGUGUUUGAACCAGCUCGGCCCUGCCUACCUGGGGAUAGAACUUGGUGUCGGAGAAACGGUGCUGAUGAAAGCGGUCGCACAAGCAACUGGGCGACAGUUAGAGAAAAUUAAAGCUGAAGCCCAGGAAAAAGGAGAUUUGGGCCUAGUGGCAGAGAGUUCCCGUAGCAACCAGCGCAUGAUGUUCCAGCCAGCCAGUCUGACAGUUGGGGGCGUGUUCAGGAAAUUGAAGGAAAUUGCCAGUAUGAGUGGGAACUCGGCCAUGAAUAAGAAAAUCGACAUCAUCAAAGGCCUCUUUGUGGCAUGCCGCUUUUCAGAGGCCCGCUACAUAGUCAGGUCCCUCGCUGGGAAGCUGAGGAUUGGCCUUGCAGAGCAGAGUGUGCUUUCUGCUCUCAGCCAAGCUGUCUGCUUGACCCCACCUGGACAAGGUUUCCCUCCUGCUGUGCUCGAUGCAGGGAAGGGUAUGAGUGCCGAGAGCAGGCGGACCUGGAUCGAAGAAAAGAGUCUCAUCCUCAAACAGACUUACUGCGAAAUGCCCAAUUACGACAUCAUCAUCCCUGUUCUGCUAAAAGAGGGCAUUGACCAGCUACCCAAGCACUGCACACUCACUCCAGGUGUACCGCUGAGACCCAUGUUGGCUCACCCCACCAAGGGUGUUGGCGAGGUCAUGAAGAGGUUUGACGAGGCAGCGUUCACCUGCGAGUACAAAUACGAUGGAGAGCGCGCGCAGAUUCACAUUCUUGAGAAUGGUGAAGUUCGAAUAUUCAGUCGCAACCAGGAAGACACCACCAGUAAAUACCCAGAUAUCAUCUCUCGCAUCCCCAAGAUGAAGAAGGACUCUGUGGUGUCCUGUGUUGUAGACUCAGAGGCUGUGGCCUGGGAUCCUGAGAAGAACCAGAUCCAGCCCUUCCAGGUCCUCACCACUCGCAAGAGAAAGGAUGUUGAUGCCUCAGAGAUCAAAGUCCAAGUGUGCGUCUUUGCUUUUGACCUCCUCUAUCUCAAUGGCGAGUCUCUGGUAAAGCAGCCGCUGUGCCGGCGUCGGGCUCUGCUGAGAGAAUGCUUCUCACCAGUGGAGGGAAAGUUGGAGUUUGCCCGUUCCAUCGACUCCGACGACACGGAUACCAUCGCAGAGUUCCUGGAGCAGUCUAUACGAGACUCCUGUGAGGGCCUGAUGGUGAAGACUCUGGAAAAGGAUGCUACCUAUGAGAUUGCCAAGCGCUCCCAUAAUUGGCUCAAGUUGAAGAAGGACUACCUGGAUGGGGUGGGCGAUACAGUAGAUCUUUGUGUGAUUGGCGCCUAUCUGGGGAAAGGAAAAAGGGCGGGCACUUAUGGCGGCUUCCUGCUGGCCUGCUAUGAUGAAGAAAAUGAGGAAUUCCAAUCAGUCUGUAAGAUCGGGACAGGCUUCAAGGAUGAAGAUCUGGAGCAGCAUUACAAGUUCUUAAAGGAGCACAUCCUGCCCAAACCUCGAGCCUACUACCGUGUGGACCAGUCAGCUGAGCCUGACUUGUGGCUGGAUGCCGUGCAGGUCUGGGAAGUGAAGUGUGCCGACCUCUCUCUGUCGCCCGUCCACAAGGCUGCCAUGGGACUGGUGGAUCCAGAGAAAGGUAUUUCUCUGCGGUUCCCCCGUUUUCUUCGCAUCAGAGAUGACAAGAAGCCGGAAGACUCCACAACUGGAGCUCAGAUUGCCGAUUUGUACAAGAAGCAGCAACAGAUUCAGAACCAAGGGGAUAAAGCUGACCUGGAAGACUACUACUGAUCGUCAGCGGGGAAUAAUAAAUAAUGGAAAUUUUAAUGUAAUUGUAAAUAUCUUCUCCUUUUUGUACUGUUGAAUGAAAAUAAAGGCUCUUGCCACUUUUUAGCA